AUGAUUGACCUUUCAGGUCUGUACUCGCCAUUGGAGUUUGUUUUAAACCCCCCCCCAAAAAAAAAUCGAUUGGAAUCGCCUUUGAGAGAGACUUGCCUUUGCAAAAGUUGCUUGAGCCCGGAGCCCAAUGUGUCGAUCGAGGCUGAAAUGAACGGCGUGGAAGAAACCUGCUUGUCCCCCAGCAGCUUCCAGGAAAUGGUUAAGAGCCCAGGCGCCUGUUCGCGAGUUCACAGCAUCGACGUGAUCCUGGGAUUUGCGAAGGAUCAAUCCGUGCUCAGCCCCGGGGCCCUUCCUUCCAAAUGCUCCCAGGGACAGGGCGAGUGCCAACAGACAGCCUGCUACAGUCACAUGCCCGGCCUCGGGCUCACCGACCCGCCUCACACCUUUGACGAUUCCAGGUUGUUCUUGAACAAGUGUGGGGAGGAUCUCGGUGAACUGACGGACAGCGAGGAGAAAGCCGAGCAGAAAAUGGACGAGGAGCCGCCUAAAAAGAAACACAGGCGGAACCGCACCACCUUCACUACAUACCAACUCCACGAACUGGAGAGAGCCUUCGAAAAAUCCCACUAUCCCGAUGUGUACAGCAGAGAGGAGCUAGCCAUGAAAGUCAACCUGCCAGAGGUCCGGGUGCAGGUAUGGUUUCAAAAUAGAAGAGCAAAGUGGAGGAGACAAGAGAAGAUAGAGGCUGGCACAAUGAAAUUGCACGAUUCUCCAAUGUUAUCCUUUAAUAGGCCACCGAUGCCCUCCAGUGUUGGACCCUUGAGCAAUUCCCUUCCAUUGGAUCCUUGGCUGACAUCUCCGAUUUCUAGUGCAACCUCCAUCCACAGCAUACCCAGCUUCAUGGCGGCACCACAAGGCUUACAGACCAACUACUCGGGCCACUCAUUCUUAAAUUCUCCACCACCGAUGGUCCAGACAAUGCAGUCAAUGGGAUCUCCACCCUACCAAUGCUCAACAACAUUUGUGGACAAAUAUCCUUUGGAAGAUGUAGACCAGAGAAGUUCCAGCAUUGCCUCCUUAAGGAUGAAAGCCAAGGAACACAUCCAGUCCAUUGACAAAAGCUGGCAAGCCAUCUGA